AUUGAGAACUGUAGAUUAUCACAGAAAUGUAAAGGUGACGUGUUUACAAUGAAAUGUUUAUCGAUGAAGUCAAUUGUGAUAAAUGAAUUUUUUUUGUAAUCAUCGUUUAUUUCAGUGUUUCAAGCAUAGAAAUUCUCUCACCGUUUGUAUUCUGUCAUAUUUCAAUCUGGUCAAUCAUGAGCAACAGUAAGUUAUUGGCCCGGGUUGAUAUACCCAUUUACAUGGUUAAAGUUGUCAGUGAGAGGCAUAUCUUGGUCGCUGGUGGAGGUGGUCAAGCUAAAACCGGUGUUAAAAAUGCUGUCGAAAUUUAUCAAUUAACUCAUUCAUCAAAUACUUCAGAACCUUGCUCAGCUAAACUAGUUAAUCGUUUUUACACUGGUUCUCGAGCUAUUAUGAGUGGAACUGUUUUUGAGAAUGAUAAGCUGUCUAUAUUAGCCGGUGGAGGUAUCAACGGGGAAUGUUUACUCUGGCGAAUGCGACUUCUAACUAAUUACGACAGAGAACCUGUACAUAUUGGAAAUGGAAAUGCUCGAAGCAGUUCCAAUGAUGCAUUGAAUCUUCGCAGGCGUAGGACAUCAUCAUCUUCCAGUAUAGGUGGUGGUGUUGGUGGUGAUGAUGUAAUUGACAGUACUGAACAUGGAUUAAGAAGUAGAAAUAAUUCUACUGCUUCCAACGAUUCACGGAGACAAUCUGAAGAUAUUAGUUUCGAAAAUGGGUCAAUACUUGGGUUUGAACUGUCUCAAAUGUCAGCUUUCAAGACAGAUUUUCCUGAAAAGGAAGAACCUUUCGUUAAAGUGAUACGUUAUAACGAUGUUUUAAGUGCCCUGGUUACUGGUGGAGCUGAUGGCCACAUAAGGAUAUGGAGGUAUCCUGAUAUAGUAAAACAAACCGAUAUACGUGCUCACACUGAUGAAAUAGAUGAUCUGGACAUACACCCUAGAGGUACUGUGAUUGCUAGUGUUUCACGAGACAGUCAUGGUUACAUUUGGGAUGCAAAUAUGGGAAGAAAACAAUAUGAACUUAAAGUUCAAAUGCCUGUGAUUAAAAACUCAAAUCAACCAGUUAAAUAUGUUAUGAGAGGGUGCCGUUUUGGCUUGGUAAUCGACUCUAAACCAACAACAUAUAAACUAUUCACUGUCCAUAAUCCCGCAACUCGUCAUAAGCCACCUCAUCCUGCUUAUCUCUGUAAAUGGGAUGCCAAUAACUACACUGUGGAAAAAUUAUCAUCAAUAGGACCGAUUAUGGUGUCAUCCAUGGCAAUAUCAGAUGAUGGUAGAUUCAUUGGUAUUGGAACUCAAGAGGGAAGCGUAGAGAUUUAUAUUGCAUUUAGUUUACAAAGACAAUACAUUUGUCCUCAAGCUCAUAAUAUCUUUGUAACCGGACUAGAGUUUCUCAAAACUUGCCAAGAGACACAACUUUUAAAUGGAGAUAAUGAUUCCUCUCUGGUCAGCAUAUCAGUUGAUCGUCGAAUAGUUAUCCAUAAUAUUCCUAAACAAAGAACUAUUGGACUUUAUGGACUUAUGUUUUGCUUUGUAAUCACAAUUAUGAGUAUUUUUUAUAUCCUUGAAUAUAUUGGUCUGUGAAAAAAGGAUAACUGUAUAAUGUAAAUUUAUGUAAAUUUUUUUGAAACGCAUAGAUUCUAUGAACGGAAACAUUAAGAGUUGUCCAAAAUCAAUUUUUAUUAUUUAGAAAAUUAUUAAAUUUUUUAUUGCAACAACUGAAAAA